CCCGCCCUCCGCCCGCCCGCUGGAGAGUGAGCGGCUCCCGGCCGCCCCGCCAGCCCGCGGUUCUCCGGCCGCCGUCCGGGCGCGCGCAGCGAGCGAGCGCGACUAUGCCAAGAUGGUCCUGCAGGCGCGGAACAAGCACCGGGAAGCGGCUCCCAAGCCGCCUCAGCCGCCCCGCGCCUCGCAGUCGCUGUUGAGAGGAGCGCCGGACAUCGGCGCCGGGGAGCCCGGGCCCGAGCGCGCGCCACCGUCCCCAGGGCGCAAGGGCGCCGCGGGCAGGAAGGGGCCCCGCGCCGAGCCCGCCGCGCUGCUCGCCCGGGGCGGCCUCGGCGGGCGCCUGGUGGCUGGGCUGCGCGGGGCGCUGGGCCUGCGGCGCGCGGGGCGCGGCCGGACCUGGACCACGCUCCUGUUAGCUACCUUUGCAGCAGUAUUGCACUGGAGCCAUAUAACACACCUCUUUGAAAAUGAUCGUCAUUUUUCUCACCUCUCAACUUUGGAAAGGGAGAUGGCUUUUCGCACUGAAAUGGGACUAUAUUAUUCUUACUUCAAGACUAUUGUGGAAGCACCCUCAUUUUUUAAUGGAGUCUGGAUGAUUAUGAAUGACAAACUGACUGAAUAUCCCCUUGUUAUUAAUACAUUAAAAAGGUUCAAUCUUUACCCUGAGGUAAUCUUGGCUAGCUGGUACCGGAUUUAUACCAAAAUAAUGGAUUUGAUUGGUAUUCAAACCAAGAUAUGUUGGACAGUUACCAGAGGAGAAGGACUCAGUCCUAUUGAAAGCUGUGAAGGUUUGGGAGAUCCUGCUUGCUUUUAUGUUGCUGUAAUUUUUAUUUUAAAUGGACUAAUGAUGGCACUAUUCUUCAUAUAUGGCACAUAUUUAAGCGGCAGCCGACUAGGAGGCCUGGUUACAGUGUUGUGCUUCUUUUUCAAUCAUGGAGAGUGUACCCGUGUGAUGUGGACACCACCACUCCGUGAAAGCUUCUCAUAUCCAUUUCUUGUACUUCAGAUGUUGCUUGUGACUCAUAUUCUCAGGGCUACAAAACUUUAUAGAGGAAGCUUGAUUGCACUUUGCAUUUCCAACGUAUUUUUCAUGCUUCCGUGGCAGUUUGCUCAGUUUGUGCUUCUUACUCAGAUUGCAUCAUUAUUUGCAGUAUAUGUCGUGGGGUAUAUUGAUAUAUGUAAAUUACGGAAGAUCAUUUAUAUACACAUGAUUUCUCUUGCACUUUGUUUUGUUUUGAUGUUUGGGAACUCAAUGUUAUUAACUUCUUAUUAUGCUUCCUCAUUGGUAAUUAUUUGGGGUAUUGUGAUGAUGAAACCACAUUUCCUGAAAAUAAAUGUAUCUGAACUUAGUUUAUGGGUUAUACAAGGAUGUUUUUGGUUAUUUGGAACUGUCAUACUCAAAUAUUUGACAUCUAAAAUCUUUGGCAUUGCAGAUGAUGCUCAUAUUGGCAACUUACUAACAUCAAAAUUCUUCAGUUAUAAGGAUUUUGAUACUUUACUAUACACCUGUGCAGCAGAGUUUGACUUUAUGGAAAAGGAGACUCCGGUGAGAUAUACAAAGACAUUGUUGCUUCCAGUUGUUCUGGUAGUGUUCAUUGCAAUUGUUACAAAGAUUAUUAGUGAUAUAUGGAGUGUCUUAGCUAAGCAACAGACACAUAUAAGAAAAUACCAGUUUGAUCAUGGAGAGCUGGUUUAUCAUGCACUGCAACUAUUAGCAUAUACAGUCCUCGGUAUUCUAAUUAUGAGACUAAAACUCUUCUUGACACCGCACAUGUGUGUUAUGGCUUCCUUGAUCUGCUCAAGACAGCUGUUCGGAUGGCUAUUCUGCAAAGUGCAUCCUGGUGUUGUUGUCUUUGCUGUAUUAGCAGCAAUGUCAAUACAAGGUUCAGCAAAUCUACAAACCCAGUGGAAUAUUGUGGGGGAGUUCAGCAAUUUGCCCCAGGAAGAACUUAUAGAAUGGAUCAAAUACAGUACUAAACCAGAUGCAGUGUUUGCAGGUGCCAUGCCCACCAUGGCAAGUGUUAAGCUCUCUGCCCUUCGGCCCGUAGUGAAUCACCCGCAUUAUGAAGAUGCUGGUCUGAGAGCCAGAACAAAAAUAGUAUACUCAAUGUAUAGUCGAAAAGCAGCUGAAGAAGUGAAGCAAGAAUUGAUAAAGUUAAAAGUGAAUUAUUACAUUCUAGAAGAGUCAUGGUGUAUAAGAAGAUCCAAGCCUGGUUGCAGUAUGCCUGAAAUUUGGGAUGUGGAAGAUCCUGCGAAUGCUGGGAAAACUCCCUUAUGUAACGUCUUGGUGAAGGAGUCCAAGCCUCACUUCACCACUGUAUUCCAGAACAGUGUUUACAAAGUCCUAGAAGUGGGGAAAGAAUGACUGCUACAUGAACUGCUGCCUACAGAGAACCACCUCAGUAAUUGUUUAAAUGUUUUGCUAAGAAGUCAUGUGUUGUUUUUAAUUCAAAUUCCAAAAACUUUUGUUUUCAAAUAGAAAACGUCUUAUUUGGUCAAUUUGAAUGUUAUUCUAAUUGUAAAAAUGACUUACACUUUCAUCAUUUAGUUACUGUUUCAGUGUACCCCUUUAAAAUUUGCUAUGCAAAUGAGUAUAUGCUUGUACUUAACUUUAAUAUUUGUGCUAACGUGGGCAAAGCUACCUGUAUAAAAAAAUGAUGAGUCAUGACCAGGAUGAUAGGAAAAUGUAGGUCAAUUCUGAACUUCGUAGGGGCUGAUGUUGUAGUUUAUAGACUAUUAAUGCCCCUUGGUUCUUUUUUCUGGCUCUUGCUCUUGUCUUUUGGACAUUACAGUGAUUAUUUUAUAAUAAUAAUAGUAAUGAAGCUCUUCAGUCAUGUCAGCCUCUGUCAUCAACUUGAGUUAUAGGAGAUGGGGCAGACAUGGGUGUUUGCUGUAUGGAAUCACCUGUUUAUUUCACUUCCUUGCAUUCUUUUUGUUCUCCAUUGCUCUUGUUAAUGAGGACUUUACUGGCCGUUAUUGGUUAAGAGCCAGAUUCCUUUACUGUCCACCCAUGUAGCAUGAUGAUGUCUCUCUUUCUUUCUUUCUCUCGUAUCUCUCCUUCCCCCAUAUUUUUUUUUUUUUUUUUGGUCAAAUAAGUGUUAGCAGUUGCUUACCAAGUAUUUAUUCUUGGUUUAAAACAAAUUUAAUGGUAACUGUGUAUUUUUCUGAUUUUUAGCAUUAUUCAGAUGUUUAUAUUUUAAUACCUUUAAAACUACUUAAAAUUUUGUCAUGUUUAAUUGUAGUUUUAAGAAAACUAUUUUGAACAACUCCAAAUAUAAUGCAUCUAGAAACUAAUGUAUUUGAGCAGACAUCAUUUAUAGUGGAACAAUAAACUGUAGUAUAUGGCAGUUUUCUUUUACUAUUAAGAUACAAUAAACCAUGACUAAUACUUCUGUCAGAAAAGUAAAUGAAUAAGGAUAAUAAAUAGAUGGAGCUUUCAUAUUUUAUCUUUAAAAUUGCCUGACUUCAAUAAGACAAAGCCUUAAGCUUUAUGUUAUAAUUUUGGUUCUAAAGAUUAUUAUUAGUUCUAAAAACUAUAUUGAGUCUGCUUUAUUUUUCCUUUCUACUUAUUUUUAUUUUGAAAAAUGUUCAGAUCUACUUUGAAUUUCUUGUGUGAAUCUGUGGUUUUUAGAAGUUAAUUUGUGUGAAAUGAGGUAUCUUCAAAAGGGUGAAUCCUCAUAGUUCUCAAAAAUGUUUAUAAGGUUUUAAAUUCUAAGGAAUCCAUGACAGUGGCCAACUACACAUUUAAUUAUACAGUGUUCUCUUUAUUAACCACAGGCAGAUUAACCUCAUUGUGGAUUGUCCUUGAGACCUGAGUCCUCAGGGAUUGUUGCCAGUGCCCACUCCUGGGAGCCACUGAAGAGCUGUUUUCUUUCUGCCUUCUUACCAGAGCCAAAGGACACGCCUAGUUGGGGGAAGCACUAGCUUGCUCGUGUUAGUCAGCUGCACAGACAGCACUGUGCCCGCAGUGAGGAGCGUCAUCCCCACCCUGCGUCCCCCAAGGAGUCUCCUUCUCUGGAGGCAGCCCUGGAGACAGAGUCUGUUAGUGUUCACAUUUGUGGUCACUCUUUCUCAUUUGCUGGCUGACUGUUUCAUUUCUUAGACGUUUGACAGAAAAUAGGGAACCAGCUGGGGAUUUGUGGAUUAGGAGUAACAUUUAAGCAGUGACGCAGUAAUGGGAAAAAUGGGAAGAGGGCACUUGAGGCUGAGAAGCUUGACAGUGGAUGUGGGCUGGAAAAGGGGAGGUGCGCUCUGCCCUGUCUGCGAGUGCUCCUCACUCAAGUAUGACUGAUUUUGUACAUCCAACAGUGACAAUUUUUUAAAACCAUACUUGUAAAGUUAUUCUCUAUUUUUCUCAUCCUCCAAUUCCCUUUUAAAUAAGUUUUCAUGUAAUGAUUGGAGAGUCUGUACAGGAAAAAACAUUAAAAUUCUCUUAAAACUGUUUUAUACACUGGGAAACAUUAGAAGUUGUCUAAAUUAGCUUUUCCCAGAAGAAUUGUUUUGUAACAGUAUUAAUGUAACUCCACCUGCAAGCUAUGGUCGUAUCUUAGGCACGUCAGUUUAGAACAGAGGCCUUGACGGUACAGGGCACACUCAGCCUUGAUCACACCUGGUAGUAGCAGCCCGUGCUGUAGAGCAUAAAUGUCUCUCUUGGCAACAUAGAGUAGUAAUAGGCUCCAUAGAAGGACAGAACAGUGUUAAAGCUCAGUAUUUUACCUAUUUUUAGCAUUCAGAGUAUUUUUGCCUUAGUGUGAGGGAAGUAGGGGGGCCAAGGAGGUGAUAGAGAUAGGUAUUUCUAUGACAUUUUAAAAGAACACAAGUUGGGGAGUAUUUCUAUAAAAAGAUAAGCCUCUCAAAAUGCUUGACAGAAAAGUGUAGUAUUAAAAUAUGCCAGUGAUAUCAAGGAGAAAAUAAAAGGAUUUAUCAGGAAUAAAGUGAUAUUUCAUAGGAGUAUUGUAUUUUUAUGAAUUUUAUGCCAGUUGUUUACAUGUACUAUAAAUGUUAAAUAAAAAAGAUCAUGA